AUGCAUCGACGCCUCACCAUCUUCGCCCACCAACUCCUCUCUAAUCCCACCAAUCCUCUCCGGUCACUUCCCCGUACCACCGCCACUUCCCUCUUCCACCACCGCCAACCCUCCUACUCCUCCUCUCAUGGACGCCACCGCCUCUUCUCCUCCUUCACCCCCUUGCACCACCGCCGUCAACCCGAUCGGGACGACCCUUCUACCCUCAUGAAGGAAGAUGGCGUCUCCCUCUGCUGCCAAAUGUGGAUCGACAACUUCCGCCACCCCGACAGGGUCGUCACCAACCUCACCUCCUUCCUCCGCCGCUUCGAAUUGUGGGUCUUGGCAUACCAAAAAGUCUGCACCGACGACACGGGCGCGUACACACCACGGAACACUAUCCAAAGGUCCCAACUUGAUGACCUUUUGGCCCUUCGCAAUGCCGUUCUCGAUGGAAGGUUCAAAUGGGGUGCUAGAUUGAAGUUCUUCAUCAAAUCCCCCAAAGACAAAACCGAUUAUGAAUCUCUCUCAAAGAGGAAGAUUAAGGCCAUUUUGAGCACUACACAGCCUUCACCUUUUCAAGACAAGAUCGUUCAGGAGGUUUUGUUAAUGAUUCUUGAGCCAAUUUAUGAGGCUAGGUUUUCUCCAAAGUCCUUUGCUUUUAGACCAGGGAGGACCCCGCACACGGUUUUGAGGGUCAUUCGGAGGAGUUUUGCUGGCUAUUUGUGGUAUAUAAAAGGGGAUUUCAGCACUGUGUUGGAUGGGAUGAAGGUGGGGUUGGUGAUCAAUGCUGUUAUGAGAGAUGUUAGGGAUAAGAUGAUUGUUGAUUUGUUGAAAGCUGCUUUGGUGACGCCUGUGGUCACGACUAAGGUUGGUGAUGGGGAGGAUAAGAAGAAGAAGACGAAGAGGAAGUAUCAGAAGAAGAGGGUGCUGGCUGAGGAUGAGCCUAAGCCUGAUCCUUAUUGGCUGGAUACUUUUUUUGGAUUUGCACCUGAGGAGGCAGAGAAGGUUCCUAAUUGGGGGCAUUGUGGAGUUCUUAGUCCACUUUUGGCUAAUAUUUGUUUGGAUGAGUUGGACCGUUGGAUGGAAGGGAAGAUCAAGGAGUUUUAUGUUCCUUCCAAGAGUGAUGUUAUAUGGAAUAGUCCAGAAGGGGAAGCUGAGCAGGGAAACACUUCUUGGCCGGAGUUUGUGCCCACGAGUGGACCUGAUAAAACUAGGAAGAUGGAUUAUAUAAGAUAUGGAGGUCAUAUCUUGAUUGGUGUUAGAGGCCCUAGGGCGGAUGCUGCAACUCUGAAAAAGCAAUUGAUUGAGUUUUGUGAUCAGAGGUUUAUGCUCAAGCUUGAUAAUGAGAGCCUUCCUAUUGAACAUAUAACCAAAGGUAUAAUGUUUCUUGACCAUGUUCUGUGUAGGAGGGUUGUGUAUCCAACUCUCAGGUACACUGCAACUGGUGGUAAGAUCAUAAGUGAAAAGGGUGUGGGAACCCUUUUGUCGGUCACCGCAAGCUUAAAACAAUGUAUUAAGCAAUUUAGGAAGUUGAGCUUUCUCAAGGGUGAUAGGGAUCCGGAUCCCCAGCCUUGCUUUAGAAUGUUUCAUGCCACUCAAGCUCAUACUAAUGCUCAAAUGAACAAGUUUUUGUCAACCAUGGUUGAGUGGUAUAGGUAUGCAGACAAUAGGAAAAAGAUUGUUAACUUCUGCUCUUACAUCAUAAGAGGCUCACUUGCAAAGCUAUAUGCUGCAAAAUACAAGCUUCGUUCACGUGCUAAAGUAUACAAGAUUGGUGCGCGGAACCUGAGCCGUCCACUGAAGGAGAAAAAAGGGCAGUCUCCUGAGUACCACAAUCUGCUGAGGAUGGGUCUUGCCGAAUCAAUUGAUGGGCUCCAGUAUACAAGGAUGUCUCUUGUACCGGAGGCAGAUUACACCCCAUUCCCUAGUAAUUGGAGGCCUGACCAUGAAAAGUCAUUGAUAGAAUACAUAAAACUAGAAGAUCCAAAGACUUUGGAGGAGCAACAGAGUUGCAUAAGAGAACAAGGUCUUGUUUCAUCUCAAGAUUAUAUUUCAAUGCUUGUUUGGAAUUACAAAAGGAAUUCCAUUCCUAUGGACCAUCUCUCCUUAAUAAGGAGCAAUGAAAGUGUUGCAGCAAAUCAGCAUUUGCUAGUUGGCUCAAACCAGGACGACCAUGACUGCAUAAACAAAGAGCAAGAGAAUGAUGCAAGGAUGAAUGCAGCACAAAUGUAACAGAAGGUUGAUAUGUUCUUUCUUUCACCUUCACACCAUGGAUGCUUGCCAGAGAAAGGAUAUAAUAACUGAAGAGUGGAGAGUUCUUUCAGGCAAGCGCUGAGUCGAGAAAAAUAUUUGGGAUUGCCACUCUGCUUGUGACCACUGGGCUACAAGAUGGAGGUAGCACUUAAAAAUGUGGAAAAUAACUCCACAUGCUGCUUUGGAGUGCUAUAUUAGUGAGUCCACAAGAAGGAUGAUGCAGCUUUCUAUGCAAGACUAAGAAAGCGUGUUCCUUGUGGAUGCAUACGAUAAGGCAAAAAGGGAAUUGAACUCCAACAAGAUCAUUUCAAAUAUCAUGUUAAAAUUUUCUAAAUUUGAUUAUUUGUUCAUACGUACUUGUCCCAUUUUUUUAAUGAGUUGAGUAAAUCUUCAUAUAUGUAUAUUUU